AAUCGCUGCAAGUAUUUUGCGUAAAAUUUUCUUCAUGUGAAUUUAUUACAGAUAUGACUUUUGGUCUGCUACUCCAUGCAUCUUUUAUUCUACUAUGAUAGCGUGCGCAAACAAUUAUUAUGUUAGUUGUCAUGAACACGCGGAUUCAGACGCUAAUCAUGAAGCUCGUUAUCCUAAUAUCAAGUCUAGUCAUCGUCCAAGCUGGAGUUACAAAGCGAGACACUCAAUGCGAAGGACCUCUUGUAAACGGAGUUCAACACAGCAAAGGCAUACUUAAAACUGACCUCGACAGGCCGUACCUUCUCACCACAGAUUUCAGUAGUAACACGCUUUACUUCAGCUACACCAUCAAAGGUGAAGAAGAAGGCUUCAAAUCUGCCAAGCUUAAUUUAAACACAAAGGAAUUCUCAGAUAUAGAUGGCGUCCCAAAUGGCUUUGCACAAGCGGUAGACGAAAGCACUCACGAAGUUUAUAUCGGUGGAAGUGAUGGAAUAUAUAAAUAUAAACCAAAUGCAAACAAAGCUGAUUUUUUCGGAGCAAACGGCACCGACAUUUGGACGAUAUACUACAAGGAUGUGCUCUACUUUUCUAUUUUUCCAUCCCAGUUCCUGUACACUUUUGAUAAUGGUGAAAUAACAAGGUUCAAAGAUCUGGAAGAUACUCUAGUAGAUAGUUUUCUUAUUGACGAUGAAAAUACACUGUUUUUCUCAAACAGCUCCGGUUUGUACAGUCAAAAGAAAGGCACGAAAGAUGCGAUUAAUAUAUCUGGUGAAGAUAUUCGCAUAAGAGGACUGACUAAAAAUAAAGAUGGUGAUGUCUAUGUUUGCGUUCAAGAUGGUAUUUACUCUGUGAAUAAAACGCAUCAUUAUUUAGGGAAAUAUGUGGACAUUGAUGAUGCUUUUGGUGUUGCAUUUGACAAUCAGAACAACUUGGUGUACGCUGAUGCGACAAAUGUUGUGAGACUUACACCUUGCAAAUGAAUAAAGUGUUUUAUAUACCUACCUUAUACCGUCUACUUAUUAAAUUAUCUGUCUUGUUAUAUUUAAGAAUAGGUUAGUAGACUAGUAGUUGCCUAUUUUUGUUUGCAUACAACUGUCAUUAGUUUCAGUCCAAUGUCUUGGUUUUACUUUGUAUGGCCUUCCUAAUUAUUUAUUUAACUAAAUUUUAUUCUAUUAACACGAAACUAAAUCCACAUUGUAAAUUAGUGUAAAUUUUAUAAAAAGUUGAUCAAAUUCUAACGCGUAAAAUAAUAAGUCCCCAACAUGCUCAUACACUGUGACGAAUAGAGGCCAUAAGGGCACAACCGAAUACAGUCACUAAUAGGAAGGAGCAAGGGUCACAUUUCAAUGUCGCAAUAUGAUAAAGUCAGUAAUUUACCAGAUAAUAGGGAAGUAUAAACACAUGCAUCAGUACUCAGCGUGGAGUCAGACCAAAUAAACGUGAUAAUGAAUUAUAUAUUCGCGAUUUUCCUGUUCUGCGUUGAAGCGAAAGUUACAAAGUAUGUGUCGAAUGUUCCUAUUCGGAAAAUCGGCAGUAGAUUCUACAGAGAAGAGUUACUGACAGACCAAUUUCAAGACCCGAGAGAAUUGACCUACGAUUCUUCGAGCAGAAAUCUGUUCUUCACAUAUAUGGAUGAUGAGUUGCAAAAUUCUGGAAGAGGCUACGUCAACGUGGUAACGAAAGAGACUAAGAAGAUAGAUGGGAUAGCUAGAAACAAAGCUAUAGGAGUUGAUUUUGAUACUGGUGAUGUCUAUUUUGGUUCAGACGAUGGCUUAUACAAAUUCGAUCCUGUAUUCAAAAAUGCUACAGUACUAGGUCUGUAUAACGUUAACAUAAUGAAAAUUGUAAUUCGCAAUAAUGAAAUCUACGUCUUAGACGCAAACAACCAUAGCAUUUAUAAAGUUAGAAACACUAGAAAAGCUAGUAAAGUUGGUGAAUGGAAAACAGUUAUGGAGUUUGAUGUAGAUUACAGUAACAACCUACAUUUUGUGAAUAUAUGUGGACUUUUUUGCGUACCGAAUGGCGCGGAAGAAGCAGUGAAAAAUGAAAAUUUGCCCCUCGUUUAUCAUUUUCUAAUAGACGAACAGAAAACUUUUGGAAUGACUUUGGAUUCUUUGUAUGAAAUAGAUUGUCAGAAUGGAACAGCAAAGAAAGUAGCGGAUAUAGAUUUUUAUAUAAGAAGUAUAACAUUUGGUGAUUAUGGUGACAUAUAUUAUUCGACCGAUGUCGGUUUGUUUAAGUUGAAACCGAUCAAUCAUUAUGUUGUUUUCGAUAUAAAAAGGUCGAGGACGUAAAUAUUAAAACGUUUGAUAAGGA